CAUAAAAGUCAACAUUAUAAAUUGAAAAGUCUAAUUCCAAAGUUGAACUUUUUGCUCCAAGGGUAGCAUACAGAAAACUACAAAAAUACAUUAAAUGCUCAACUCCAAACUUGUUACUGCAUAAUACCCCACCCCAACCCUACUGCAUAAUGGAUCAACCACUGCUACAGUACUAAUUAAUUAAGAUAGAAUAAACUAAGUACUAGUUACUGAGUAAAUAAAUUAAAAAAGUACUCGAAUUACUGGUUAAGGAGAGAAAGAGUGAAAGGGAAGAGUCAAAUGAUCGAGAAGCGCGGUUAUUGGUGCCGCCAGUCUCGGGUUAUAAGCAAACCCAUGCAACUCAUCCCCGCCGCCUCCGCCGCCGCCAUAGACGGAGGAGCCAUCUGCAUAAGGGACGAAGGGGCAGGGAGGGACCCACACCCACGUCUUCCUUCCGAAAUCGAACAGUAGAGCCUUGUCCGAGCAGUUCUUAAUCGUUAUCAGCACGAAUUCCCCGUGCCCGACGCAGUCGAAUCCCUGCCCGUUCUCCGCCUCCACGAACUGGAGGUACAGCUGCUGGGGCAUCCUCUCGAUCUCCACCCACGUCGCGCCGCAAUCCUGUAGGGCCCACAUCCUCAGGCUCCUCGGCACGUUCAGGUUGCUCUUCUCCACCGCCGCCACCAUGAUCAGCCUCCCCGCCCCGCUCCCGACCAAGCUCGGUGACCGCAGGAACCGCCUCAUGGGUGCUUGGAUCUUGCACCAACUGUUCGACGAAAUGUCGUAACAGAGUACCCCGAAGGGGUUGUAGUUCAUGCAGUAGAAUCUCCCCUCUGAGUAAACCAUCUCGCCUGAUUCAAAGCUGCAUAGUCUCGGCAGAGGAGAUGCUGUCCCCCAUAGGGAGUAGAACCCAUUUGCAUCGAUGUGGAAGCUCUCCGUUGUCAGGUUCUUCACCGCGUAGGGAGAUAUCAAGUCGUCACCCGCCACGGCCAAGUCUAUCGAGGUGUCGGUUAUGUUGAGCCCGAUUGAAGGGAAAAGUCUCGGCCUAAGAGUUGGGGCGAUUGGGAUCAAAGACCCGAGGAGGGGAUUGGAUAAAAGGAUGUUCUUUGAGCCCGCCUCCUCGGAAACCCAACCGAUAAGCCCGCCCGAGGAGGUCGCGGGGGUGAAUCCCGGAGGGAUCAAAGGGAGGGAAAGGCGGUACCAUGUGAGCGUGUGAGGGUCAAAGAGGUAACCUUCCUCAUAUAUUGUCCCCCCAUUGCUGCUGUUGUUAUUGUUGCUACCAUAAAUGUAGCUCUUGACGCUCUUCUUGUGUUUGAAGAAUAUGAACCAGGGACAAUGUGGGGAAACCUGGAGAUACAAUUCAAGAAAGGCUGCAGAGAAGAGAAGGCUAUACCAUCUCUUGCAGACGGUUCGAGCUCGGAAAAAGGCGGGUGGGGGGAGGAAGGCGAUGAUCCUAUCGAUCAGCCUCUGAGGGAGCCUACUCCAGAUCCUACUGUCCAUCCACAUGCUGCCCAUAGAAUUUGUGGCCCCACCGCAGAUGUUCAUUACUGUUGCAUUUGGAAAUCCAUAUGGAAAUGGAAUGCCAAUAGUGGGGUGAUGAUAAAAAGCUUCCAUUAUGGUGCUUCAAUUGGUUUUGGUUUGUUAUGGAAAGUGAGAAGAUUGAGAACUACAAAGGUUUCUACUUUAGAGCUGAAGAGAAUUAAAGGCUAGAAAGAAGCAAGUAGCAAUAGGGGAAUGUUAAGGUUUUGCUAAGGGCUAUGUUAAGGAAAUGGAGGCAAAGAGGGAUAGUUUCACCAAAGAGGAAGGAAAUCCAGGGAAAAAAACAAAGUGAUGAUUUUUGGCAGAGAAAAAGAGGGUUCUAACCUUAUUGCUCUAUGGUUGCAUAGGGUUGCUUCUUUUGAAGAAAGGGACCAUUGCUUAUAUAGGAUGGGUAAUAGGAGGAUGGAAGAAAAAACUUUGAAAGUCUUCCUUUGUGAUGGAUCCAUCUAUCAUUUCAGUGUUUUCAUGUCAAGACCAAGGUCCAAGGAGAGGAUGGGAAGAAAAACAAGCAUCAGGUCAACAUCACCAGAUAGAUACACUCACUACUGAGAGAGUGCUUCCACUCAACACCAGAUUUUCCUUGGCUUUUUUUUCUUAGUUUUUGGUUUCAAAAAAACUUUUUUUUUUAAAAUUUCCUUGGCUGUUUUUCUAAGUGUUGCCAAGGCUAGGGUAUUAAUUGUUUUAUGACUUUAACCAGAUUUGAGUUGCUCUUUCAGGUAGCUUAGAAUGGUGUGGGGAAUAUUAUGGGGCAAGUUUUAGGGUUCUGCAAAAGCUGGAGGCCCUAGGCAGAUCGAAAAAAAAACGGAUUCUUGUAAUCAUUAGUGUCUUUGGUUAAAAAAAAGGGAUUAAUAUAUCAUUCUUGAAAAUCUUUUGUUCUGAAAAACUCUUCUUUUUAACUUCUUUUUAACUUAAAGGCUGCUAUUAUUAUGAAUCAUUUGUUAUUC